AUGAUCGAUGACGAUGAGACAUGUUUACCAAUCGCUCGACGUUCAUUAAACGAUCGCUACUCAUUAACUACUAAUAAUUUCUCAUCAGAUAAUGAAAUAUCUCUUUGUGAUCGACGACAAUCGCGUUUGUCAUUUAGUGAUACUUCAAUUAGUAUCGAUAGUGGUAUCGAUGAACAACUGACGACACCGAAGCAGUUACUGGCUCUAUACGAGAAAACAAUCGAAUUAGCAACUAAAAAUAAAAUCAAUAUCAGAAAUGCAUUUCAAAUACCAUUAGUCGAACGGCUACCUGAACUUUUAGAACUUGUCGCUUUCGAUGAUAAAGUGACAUGCCAUGAACCAAACUUUGUCAAAGUCGGAUCCAUUAUUGAUACAAGUGCGAAAAUUUACAGUUUACGUGUUGAUGCAUUGCAUAAUGAAACACAGAAGCUAAGUGGAAGUAUUCAACCAAUGGAUGACGAAGAAACCGAUGAAUCCAUUCAGAAUGAUCCAGAAAGGUUGAAAAACCUGAAAAAGCCUGUUCAGCAAUGUAAAACAAAGGCAAAUUCGUAUCUCGCAUCAGAUUUAUCAACAAUUUCUCUUCCGUUCGAAUUCGAUUUUCAUCCAUUACAGUCAUCGAAUAUGUGCCGAUGGCCAGGCGGGGUUGGAUCCGAUUCGAUUUAUGCAGAUAUGGUUUCAUAUACGAUGUAUUCAUCGAGUGAUUUCCCUUUGAUUAAAGGUUUUAUUGAUUUAAACAGCCGAAUGAAUAUGGAAUAUGUUGGUCAUGAACGUUUAUUAGACGAAACAGUCCGAUUUACCUGCGAUUUACUCCCCUUGAGAGAAGCUAUCAAAGACGACGAAAGAGAAAAUCAUAUCAUUGGAUCGCAAACAUUGAGAGAGUUCACUUUCAAUGAAGAGCCAACUGUAUCUUACAUAGAAACCAUAGACGAAUGUUCCAUAGUCGAUAGUCUAAACAUCGAAGACGAUCAUAGUUUACUCAGUGACCUCCGUGAUGAACCAACGAGUUUUUACUGUCAAGAAUUGCAGUCGACUUAUACAUGUCCAAUGACAAUGCCAUCAAUGGACGUCACACUAGUACCGAAUAAAAUAUCGUUUGUCGAUCAUGUACCUCAUCUGCUUCGCGAAAACACUGAACUAUCAGAUUACACUUAUUUCGAUGCAACUAAACUGAAACUAUUCGCUGGACCUUAUGUCUGGAGAUACGUCAAUCUCCUUCCAAAUAUUGUCAAGCCAUCCCUUGCCACUUGUGAGAAUACUUCAACCAUACAAAAUCGACUUACCAACUCGCAGCCAUCCUCAUCAUGUAAGCUAAUACGAACUUUUAGAUUAAAGUUUCCCACUGGCGAAGACAAACGAUCAGUAACUGACAUUAUGAACCUCAAUCCAUUGAGUAAAGCAAUAAUCAGGAAACGAAAACAAAACACAAUGCAUCUAUCCAUUCCUAAACAUACACAUCAAUUACGAUUGACACGUCGAGCAUGCCCGUUGAUUGAUCUGAUGCAUUCGAAUAAUUUUUCCAAAUUCAUCUUUGAUGAUAAUCUUCAGAGAUCAUAUGACAACUCCGAUGACGACCCAUUCUACGACGAAGAUGAACAUGAUCCACCGAAUUAUGAUGAUCCUCCUCCUCCUCUUGAAUAUGAUUUCGUUCGUCCAGUUCAUUAUGAUCGAAUCGAAUGUGAUCGAAAUUUGACAAAAAUCGAUACAAAGAAGCUUCAAUAUCAACUGGCGGAUGAAUAUCAAACAGAAUAUACCAAAUCAUCCACAGUACCCAUAAAAUUUUCGACACUAUGCGUGAAUUUAAUGGAAAAAACCGUUCUUUCGAUAGACAAAACCGACUUAAUAUCUGCAUUUUAUUGUAUGUUAAAUAAUUGUAAUAGAAAAAAUUUAUUCAUGAAACAUAAUCGACAACAAGAUGAUUUAAUCAUUCAACAACAGCCAUUUCGAAACGAAAUUCUACUCUCCUAUUCACAUAAAAUAUUUUAG